GGGCGUUUCAUGUUGUGGAUUUUAGUUGUUACUUGUUAUCUGGAUUAUUUCGUGGAUUAUUUCGUUAUAGACCAGUCUGACUUCUAUGGGCGGCCGUUUUAAUAGAAACACCUCGGCACUUAGGUUUGUGUGUGUGGCACAGAUGUGUACUUGACCUAUGAAAUAUGGACUAGAAAUGACCUCCACAGCUGAUUACAGGAAGUUAUCGAAGCAGAAACAUGUUGAUGUGGGGAUAUCAAGAGCCAUGUUUAUGGGAUUUACUGAUCUUAAUACCACCAAACGUUGACAAUUCCUCCAUCUUUAACGAAGAUGACCACUGAUGACAGGAUGAGGCUCCAUAUAUAUGUUAAACAUGUCGGCACUGGCUCUGCGAUCCACUGAAAACCUAAAAUCAGUGUUGUAUCAAGAACCUUGAAACAUGACAAAUAAUUACUGAGGAAGAUGGCCACUUCGGAUCCUAUGAACAAAGUUGAUGAAUUACGGAAAUGUGUAAUAUGUUGGGAAAGAUUCAAAGACCCGAGACAGUUGCAGUGUGGACAUGGGUUUUGCUUCGAAUGUAUAGACAUACACUUCAAAACCCACGGUAAAAACUACGCACCGUGUCCAGUUUGUAGAAAACCGUAUUGGCCUGAUGGGCGAGACGCCAAUAAUCUCCCUAAAUCCUUGAUUCUUCGUCAACUUGUGGACAUAAAACCAUCGGCGGAUCAGGGCUGUGAGACAACCGGAUGUCGUCAUAAUAGUGCUUCGUGGAUGUGUUUGGUAUGCCGGAAGUGGCUCUGUGAUGCGUGCAAAUCACAGACGUGUGGUGUCGAAAAGGACGAUGAAACCCCUCAUAACGUGUAUACAAAGGAACAAAUCGGCCCUGGGCUGUUUGAUAUUGUGAGGAGAAGCCGCCAUAAAGUAUGCUAUAACUGCACGACACAUGACAUAGAAUGGUUUUGUCCGCAGUGUAGGACGCUUGUCUGUAAACUGUGUAAAGCCAAUAGUCACAUACACCACAAACUCAAAGACAUUAGCCAAUACACACGUGACACGCGCGAAGAUAUCAAACAGACCAUCGCGUCACUACAGAAAUUACAACAACAACACCGGAAGGACCAUGAUAUUUAUAGGGAUCUCCAAGUCGUCGUCAAAAUUGAGCUUUUUGACGCAAGUGAUUGCCAGAAAAUGAUGGAAAGAUGUACACGUGACAUUGACAACUGUGACAGAAUAGUGAUUCUGUUGACACAACUUCUCGAGUUUGGCUCUGAUGUUGUCAUCGUCGAUACGUUUCGCAACCUAGAAGAACGGAUAUCAACGGAAUUGGGACAGUGCCAUUCGUUAGAGCCGCUGUUGGCUAAAUUAAACAGCAGGGUAAUUGAAUGUGAUGAUGCGACCGCCACCUGGAUUGAUGCCUGUUACACAAAUCCAAGGAAACAUUUGAUUUCAGACUCGGGUGUAGGCUCCCUGUCAUUGAGCGAAGAAGGAAGUGUAGAAGAAGAAAUUCUCCCCGACAGUAAUCCUUGCGAAAUGUUCAACUGUGUCAGUAACGCAAAGGCUUCACUUUUGUGUUUAAAGUGUAAAAAGUGGACUUGUGAUUUGUGUUCAAAAAGACGCUGUGAUCAAAAUAACUCGAACCAUGACGCAUUGUCCGUACAAGACAUGGGCCGACAGUUGUAUGACGUCAUACAAAGGAGUAGAAACCAUACUUGCGCAGCACAUACUACAAAGGAGGUUACGCACUUUUGCCAGAAUUGCAAUGUUUUGGUGUGUACGACAUGCCGAGUCAAGGAUCACCUCGAUCACACAAUGAUCGAUAUCAUCGAUAAAUACAGAGCCUGCUGCAAAUCAUUAAAAUCAUACAAAGAAAAGUUGCAGUAUUCUGUCCGGAGAUAUAAAUUAAUCCGACAACAAUUUUCCGAAAUUCAGCAGUCACCGUACGCGGAUACACUUAAUCCAUCGUACUGUGAGGAUGUCCUCAGGAGGUGUGAUGCCGGGAUAGAUACCUGUGAGGACUUGAUCACACAAACCACGUAUCUCCGUCAUUACGGAAUCCCCCCUGUCGUCAUCGACAUGUUUCGGGAACUGAACUGUCAAGUUGAAGACGAACUCAAGGUUUGCCCGUCCGACUUCGUCACACCCCUGCGGCGGAUGGUGUGUGUCAUUAACGAUACCUUAGAACAAUCGGACAGACAUGGUGAUGAUAGAGUGACAUCCGAUGGCGAUGCUAAUGCUGAUACCGAUGGUCCAGAAAGCUCAGCAUCAACUACUCCAUUGCUUAAUGGUGCUGAGGCUAGCUCAUCGAAUGUCUCGGCAAAUAAUGCCCCAGACAUUCCCGGAUCAGCUCGACGUCGUGUGGUAAUGUAUGCACGUAAUGCAGCCAGCGAAAUACCUAACAACCCCAACGCUAGCGAGGAAAGCAACGCUAAGGCACAUAUCAGCUAUGGCGGCAUGUUACUGGAACGCAUAAUUGCAUUCUUUCGUUACAUAGCGCGAGUUCUCUCCGGAUCUUCCUAGUCUUUAUCUUGUGUAUUUAAACAAAAUUAACGAAACCCGUGAGUCCUUCAUCUUCCAAUGGGAAUCUCUGUAGGUAACUUGAUAAAUAACUUUAAUGAUAGGAAAUGGUACACAAAAGUGUCACAUUACAUACGUAUGGUGUCGGCAUUACACUGCGAAUGCGUUGGAACCUGAGGGUAGCUCACAAGUAAAUAGACGAUGCCAAUAAAAUCAGAAAUAGAAACAAACUAAACCUAUCAGACAGACAAUAGUCAGACACAGGAACAAGUGGAUAGCAAUGUCGAUAUUCCAUGACGACGAUAUUCUAUGGCGACGAUAUUCCAUAGCGACGAUAUUCCAUGGCGACGAUAUUCUAUGACGACGAUAUUCCAUGACGACGAUAUUCCAUGGCGACGAUAUUCCAUGGCGACGAUAUUCCAUGAUGACGAUUUUUGAUGACGACGAUAUUCCAUGAUGACGGUAUUCCUUGGCGACGAUAUUCCAUGAUGGCGAUAUCCCAUGACGACGAUAUUCCAUGAUGACGAUUUUCGAAUGAUAACGAUAUUCUUAUAUGACGGUGAUAUCCCAUGACGACGAUAUUCCUUAGCAAAGGUAGGUUCAUCGAUCAAAAUAUACUCCUGUUCCUUACGUUUUAUGACUGUAGAUAUUGAACAAGAUCUCACGAACGUUAAACCAUAGCAUAGGGCAUUCACAUUAUAUGAUACUGUACGUUAAUGUACUGUGUAUUGCAGAGUGUUUAAGGUAUGCGAGACGUUUCUUUCAGGAGUUAGCCCUGUGAUUAUCAGUUGUUUUGUAUCAAAUUUUCAUUUCAAAUUUAUCUAAAUUAUCAAAGUAUUAUCUAAUUUAUCAAAUUAUGUCAUAUUUAAGCAUUGAACUGUUACCAAAUGGUAGUAUACAGU